AUGAACUUCGCAAAGAAGACGCAGUACAACAUCAAGGUGGAUAUACACGAAGUGAAGGACCUGAGCUUUCGCGAAAGCGCCAACGAAAAGGAGAUCAUCCCCAACCCCUACGUCCAGGUCACAGUGAACAAUGAAAACAAAUGCACACCGAAGAAAAACCAAGCAGUGAACGUGGCAUACAACACAUCCUUCAACUUCUCCAUGGAUUUGACUGAUUACCUUUUUCAGCGAACCAGUGUAGACGUGUGUGUGUUGCACAAGUAUACAAUACAAAGUGCCCUCAUUGGAAAAUGCUCCUUCGGUCUAAAUUAUGUGUACUCCAAACCGCAGCACUGGCUAUAUAGAAUUUGGGUGAGAUUAAGGAACCCAGAUUUGCCCCUCGACGAGGUUGGUUUUUUGCUCAUUUCCGUGGGGGUCUAUGGUCCAGGGGAUGCUAUUCCAAUCAUUAACGACAGUGUGAAAACGAACAUAGGUGACUCCGUCAAUGCAGUAAAUACAGGAGGAUUAGGAAUAGGUGAUAAUUCUGGUACCGCAGCUGGGGAAGGAGGUGGAGGAGGAGAAGAAGGGGAAGAUAACGUGGAGUUCGGGGGAAACAGAGGACUAGAUAUACACAUCACGCACUAUGACCUCAGUGUAAAUAUUUUCCGGGGACAGGACAUGGAUUUUAUCGGGAGCAGUAUGUUAUUUUCGAAUACGUUAGAACCGUAUGUAAAGGUAACGCACAACGGAUUUGAGGAGAGUACCAAGGUGAUAAGAAAUGAUCCAAACCCUGUAUGGAACAUCAGUGUACACAUUCCAACAUGUACUCCAUGUUACGACAAGAAUAUAAUUAUAGAGUUGGUGAACGGAGAACAUAAUGGAGUCGUGAUGCUGAGCAUCUUGCUAGAUUUGUUUGAAAUUCUAAAACGGGAACUGCACCCAAGAUGGUAUAAUAUAUAUUACAAUCCUCAAAAUCAAAUUGCCCCGAGAAGUAGUAUAUACAAUCAGAACGUUACUGCUAAUGCACCUAAUAUAACUAACACUAGUAAUGCCCAGACAUCUUCAAAUGCAAUAGGAAAUUAUCUCUUCUCAGCCACUGCGGAAAAAUUAUUUAAAAAUGCAACACAAGGAAUUAAUAUUAAUGAAAUAUUAGGAGUGACGAAAAUGCAAAAUAUGUUUUCCUACGAUGAUAAUUUGAAGGAGUUCUACCUCUACGGAGGAAGAAUAUUUCUCAGUGUAAAUGCUACCAAGACUCAUGCACCAGGACCUAUACGUAUAAAGUCAGCCAGAGUAGAACCCGACCCACCCAAUAAGGAGUUUAUUUUUUGUGCAGAUAUUUAUGAAAUAUUAUCUGUACGUAGUAACCAUAAUAAAAGGGGAAAUUAUAAUUCUGAAAAUCUUCAAAAGGCUUACAACAAAACAUAUGAUGGAAACGGAGAAAACAUAAUAUGUGUUUGUGGAUUGGGCCCACAUAAACUAAAGACAUGUGCGCUUCUUCCAAAUGAUGUAGGAUCUUAUGUCCUGAACGAAAAUACAGGACGAAUUAAUGAAUUCAGAAUAUUUUUACCACAAAAUAAUACCGAUCAAAUAUACGAUAUUUUCUUGUACAUAUACGUCAAGUCAAAUCUUGCCGUGGCUGAUUGGAUAACUACUCGGAGGAGUGUAUACAAUACUGCAGGGGGUGUACAUAAUAAUAGAGAUUUAUACAACACAGGAGAUGCAAACAAUGGUAUGAAGUUAAACCAUAUGGGUUCUAUAAAUAAGCAAUCAGAAGAUAUUUUCAAUGAGUCAGAUAUUAUGAGUAAUUAUAAGUUAAGUAGUUAUGUACGCAUCCCUUUUAAGUAUUUACUACUUAGUGAGAAUAAGCCAAAGUGGUUUUCCAUGAAGAAUGUGGAUACUAGUGCACAUGAUUAUAGCAUCUCAUUCUAUGCGAAUCUGGUUCCGUUUCAUUUGUUUAAGAAAAGACAGGAACGAUUGGAAUAUAAAUUAUCUAGAUAUUUCUUUAGAGCCUUAAUUUAUGAAGGGCUACACUUCCCGGCUAAGGGUUACGACUCCUUUCCAGAUCCCUACAUAAAAAUCGAACUAGCAGGACAGACUAUAAAGACAAGCACCAUUUUGCACACACUGAAUCCAAAUUAUUAUGAAGCCUAUGAAGUGGAAGUAAUUCUGCCAACGAAUUUGAAUCUAGCUCCAGAUAUAUCAAUUGAAGCUUUUUCUGUUAAUAAAACAUUCCUGUAUAAUGAUGAUGAUAUCCUACUAGGUUCUUGUACGUAUCCUAUUAUUAAGGUACCCAUCGAAUGGAAGCGCUCUCCUGUUUGGAUAAGCUUAAAAUCGUCUCAGUAUAAAAAAUGUAAAGCUAAACUUCUGGUUGGGUUCGAAUUAGUUCCCUUAGAAAGAGUGCUAGAUGAUAGUUACCCUUUUUAUGAUGAUAUAAGACCAUCUACAUUACCAGGACAUGUAUCUCUCUUUCUUGUUGGUAUACGUAUGUUCAAACCUUUGAAGAAUCCUUCCGUAACUGUCUGCUUCGGAAGAGAUGUGGACGAUACAUCUCAAUUUCUUUGGCACGAGACGGUCAGUAAAGUUAUAUCUGGAAAGGAAGGCAACUGGAAUUUCCUAAAAUAUUUUUCUCUAGAUGUUGCAUUACCCAAACGUAUGCAACAUCAUAGUUUUUUAGAAGUGCGUGUCGAGGACAGAGAACUAAGUUCUGCCUUCACUACCACCGGGGGUAAUUCCUCCAAAUCGGCCAAGGCCACGAAUAAUAACAACUUAAUCGGUACUGCAUAUAUUACGCUGAACCCGUUACUUCCUUGGCUAGACAAAUAUGAAAAGAAUGAGUGCGUCGAAUUAUUUAAGCUUCAUCUCUUGGAGGAAGUUCUAAUGGAAGAUGCCGAAAGGGCACGGAAAUCUUACAACACUGCUUUGGUGCAUAAAAAGAGCUCUAUGGUUCUGAGAAAAAAUACUAAUAUUUUGUUUGACGGUGAAGGAGGUGUAGAAGGUGGUGGCAGUGAUGAUGAAGGGGAUGGGGAGGGAGGACCGGGUGGGGGAGGGUUUCAUGCCUUGUCUUUGAAUGUUCUGGAGGAGGGUGUCUCGGAGGAUGGAGCCUCAGAGGCAGGAGAGACAAAGGCAAAUGAUGAGGUCGUCACGGAAACGGCUAUCCAUCUGGGCGGUGAAGACUUCCAAUCGGAGGUGGGCGAGGAAACCAUUCGAAGAGGCAACCCCCCAGAGGAGACGGAGGAAGGAGGGGAAAGUGCAAGUGUGAAAAAUUCAAUUUUGAAAAAUUCAAAUGGGAAGAACCCUGAUAAGUCGGCGCAUCACCUCAGCAAGAAGAAAAAGAAGAACAUGAAAAAGUUCAUCAACAAGGAGUACGUGCCAUAUAACGACCCCGACUUUGCAAACGUUCGGAUAGAAGAGGCACUGGAACAUGUAUGCUUCAAGACAAGUGAGUACGCAAGCGACUCUGAUGUAAGUGCAGAGGAGAACGAGCAUGGAGAAAACGAAAGUAAUGGUAGCCAAAGGAGGAUAAAGUUUAGAGAUAUUAAUUUUUUCAAAGGGAAGAACCACGAUGACGAGAAGGAAAAAAAUGUACAAGUGAAUAAAAAAAAAGAGAGAAAAACUAUUCAUGGGUUCAGUGAAGAUGCGUUGAACUUUCAAUUAUCCAUAGCAGGAGAUGAUGAGCAGGAAGAAACACAGAGAGAUGAGAUGUUGUACGAAUAUGAAGUGGACAUGAAUGUAGAUGAUCUACCUUACCUAAGAGCAACCAUAUUUAGAUGUACUGAUUCAGGUAUACCAGAAGCAGUGGGUUACCUGAAAUAUUUGUGUAAUGUAUAUGAUGACAAGACCAUACAUCUAAAAAAGGAAAUGUUAAAAAAAUGUGAAAAACUGGUGAAUGAUUACAAGAUAACUCGUAAUUUGGUUGUGAGAGCUUACAUCAUUCAAGCGAGAGGAUUGAAUCCUCCAUCAGGAGCAACAGAUAUAACUACCUAUGUCUGGAUUAAGAAUAGCAACGAAAUAACUAACAUUCCUGGAGGGUUAUCUCAUAACAUUAAAGACACAGGGCAUAUCAAAAGACAAGGAUAUAAACCCGAAUUUAAUAGAUCCUACCAACUCUUAUGUUCCUUCCCAGAUGAGUCUAUAAUUCAAGUGUGCAUAAUGAAUCAGGGUUCUCUGUCAGAUGAAAUCAUUGGUUAUACAUACAUCGACAUGGAGGACAGGUACUUCAAUCCUAGGAUUAGACAACUAAUGAUGGAUGACAACAUGCCAAUUGAGUUAAGAUCUUUGAAAUUAGAAAACAGUACGAUCUCUCAUGGUUCCUUAAGAUGUUGGUUUGAAAUUUUUACAGAAGAGUUUGCUCAAAGGAACCCCGUUAAAAUUUUAUGUUCUAAUGAACCCGAUGACUAUCAACUGAGGGUAGUCAUUUGGAAGGUGAACAAUGUUGCUAUGGAUGAGAGUCCCACCAUUAGCCUCUUUGUUAGAUGUAUUUACACAGAUGAAGAUUUAGAAGACAAGAGAGAUACAGACACACACUACAAUAGCAAGGAUGGGAAAGCUGUAUUCAACUGGCGCUUUGUAUAUAAUGUUAAGAUUCCUACCAAUGCCACGAAUGUCAAGGUGCAGGUGCAUAACUAUGGGCUCCUUUCAUCCAGUGAACCCAUCGGCGAGGCCACUCUCAAUCUGGCAACGCACUUUUAUCGCGCUAGGAAGAAGCGAGGCCUCUACCACAUCCCUAGGUUUUGGCUACAGUGCAAGCAUCCCGCCCACAAGAACAGGGUGCGGGGGAGCGUGGAGGUCGAGGCGUGCAUCCUUCCGAAGGCAGAGGCAGAGGUGGAUCCCGUCGGCAAUGGUCGGGAUGAACCGAACAAAGACCCAUUCCUUCCCCCAGUCACAGAGAACAGGACAUACGUUGAUUGGGUCACUAUCAAUGAGAAGUUCGGAGCUGCCACCGCGUCUAUCAUGCACGGAUUGAAGUGGACAGGUGUUUGGAUCGUUGUGGCCGUCGUCGUCGUUGGUGUAUUUUUCCUCCUCAUCCUUUUGAAGUAA